GCCUACCUCUACCACCUGACCAGGAGGGACAUCCGCCAUAACUUCUCUCCCUAUUUCUACAUGUUGUACUUAACUGCGGAGAGCAAAUGGAGUUUUACCCUUGGGCUCGCAGCUUUCCUGCCCCAGCUGCUUUUGCUCCUGGUUGUGUCCGUAGCAUUUUACAGAGACCUUGCCUUCUGUUGUUUCCUACACACUGCUAUUUUUGUGAGCUUUAACAAAGUAUGCACAUCGCAGUACUUUGUCUGGUAUCUCUGCCUUUUGCCCCUCGUAAUGCCUGGUGUUAAGAUGUCCUGGCAUCGUGGUGUGCUGCUUCUCUUUCUGUGGUUUGUCGGACAAGGCCUGUGGCUCCCGCAUCUGGAGUUCAAAGGAUAUAACACUUUUUUAAUUAUAUGGUUGGCAGGCUUGCUUUUCCUUUUCAUUAAUACCCUCAUAAUUGUUCAGAUUAUUUCCCAUUAUCAAAAAGAAGCACAAGUUGCAAAAAAACUCAAACAACAGUAA